UGGCUCAAGGAGGCAAUUCAACAGGGAACAGGUUCACAAUUCACUUAUCAGAGCCUCCAAGCUUUGCCUCCAAUUUCUUGGACAGGCUGGCCGCCUUCCUUUUUCUUUUGUGAAGCCAUUCUCUGCACAGUGACCAUGGGGCCAACAUUGCCGCUUCCUAUGGAAGGUGGCGACAGAGUUGUCAUCAAGAAGACAUUCAUCGAAGUGGAGGAUGACGCGACUCCAACAGGUCUUCCAGCAACGUACAACUCAGACUCUGUGAUUUGGUCACGCUUUAAGCGGCAGGUGAGCCCUAUGAGCACCAGCCAGGAGCAGCCAUCACCUCCAAAGGUACCUCCGGUGGAGAUGGCUCCAAGAGAGCCGCAGCCUCUUCUGUCAAGCCUGAACAAGAAGGAGCGCCUGAGCCGUAGCUCCGUCUCAACCGACGACACGGAUACUGACGCUUGCGAGAGACCUGAACAUGCCGAGCAAGGUUUGGUGCUGAUGAGGCUGCGGGAGCCCUCACCUGAGACACUGGACGCAGCAAUGAACUUGGCAGUGACUCAAGCCUCACAAGCGCUGGAUGCAGCUGGCAUCACGUUGGAGAGGCAGCCCUUGGACGAGCUACUGCAGAAGAUCUCAGCUGCAGAGCCUCGACCUGUCUCGCUGCUUGAAGCGGUCGGUGCGGUUGGGGAAUCUCCUAGAAGUGGUGCUUUUGGUGGUGAGACCACUGUGAUGCUCCGGAAUUUGCCGAACAAUUACUCGCGAAACAUGGUUUGUGCGAUGAUGGACAAGGAGGGCUUCCAUGGAAAAUACGACUUUCUUUACCUUCCCAUUGACUUUCGUUCCAAAGCCAGUUUGGGCUAUGCCUUUGUGAACCUCAUCAACGCGGUUGAGGCCAAUAAUUUUUGGAAGACUUUUGAUGGCUUCACCAAAUGGGUGCUGCCUAGUGCCAAGGUCUGCUCAGUGAGCUGGAGUGGUCCACACCAGGGACAAGAGUCGCAUGUGGAGCGCUACAGGGACAGCCCCAUUAUGCACGGAAGCGUUCCAGACGAGUUCAAGCCAGUGAUCUUCGAAGCAGGCACUGGGCGACGCCUGGACUUCCCACUGCCGUCGCGAAAGCUCCGUGCACCCCGGCGACGCCCUGCGACCCUGCCCGGGACCCAAGGCCCCGGACCUGAAAAGGGAGCUGAGAAGGGACUCCCAGAGAAAGCUGAGCAGAGGCCUUAGGUGGCAUAGUUCACUGAUGUUUUUUCUUGCAAACUGACAGAUCAAAUGGAUCAAACCAAUCUUUCUGGUGAGACAUCCAAGGAAGUGAGCAGAAGAUGCUUCACAUCAGGAUGCCCAAUGCAUCGGUUCCACUUCUUCUCACGCCCAAUCUUGAACUGUGUUUGAUGAGGCCGUUCUGACUAGGCCGUGCUUUUAACACAGGUACAAGUGCGGUGUUUGUACAGGUUUCCUGGGAGCUUUGAAGGGAAGCUCGUCCGGGACAACAGUUUUUAAAUUCUUUAUUUCACGCAAUGCAAAGGACGUUAGACCCUUGCGUGUGUGCCUUGGCCAUUUGAUGGAAGACUCAUUCAGGGGAAGCUCGAGUAAGCAUGCCGUGCUUGAGUACAAUGGCCCAUGGAGAAUCUUCAUACAGUGGAUGCAUGAUACUCAUGGGCUUUGACACAGGGCGCUACAUUCUAGG